AUGGAGUUUCCAGCGGUGACUGUAAGCGGUGCUGAAGAUUUCUAUUCAGCGAUGCCCUACAACUCCAACUUUUCGGAAGAAUCAGCCGGACUUCUGACCAACAGGAGCGAAGAGCAGAGCGCUAUGAGCGGAUCCACAGCCCUGCUGAUGGCCAUCUCCAUAACGGCGUUGUACUCAGCCAUCUGCGUGCUGGGGCUCCUCGGAAACCUGCUCGUUAUGUACGGCGUGGUCAGGUACACAAAGAUGAAGACUGCAACCAACAUUUACAUCUUUAAUUUGGCACUGGCAGAUGCUUUGGCCACCAGCACUUUGCCAUUCCAGAGUGCCAAGUAUCUGAUGAGCACCUGGCCUUUUGGGGAGCUAUUGUGCAAAGUGGUCAUUGCCAUUGACUACUACAACAUGUUCACUAGCAUCUUCACUCUGACGAUGAUGAGUGUAGACCGUUACGUUGCUGUGUGCCACCCAGUGAGAGCUCUUGAGUUCCGGACACCUGUCAAAGCAAAGAUCAUCAAUGUCUGCAUAUGGAUUCUGUCAUCUGCCAUUGGUAUUCCAAUCAUGGUCAUGGCAGUGACCAGAGUGACCGACAAGGGUAAAACUGUCUGCAUGCUGAAAUUUCCAGAUCCGGACUGGUAUUAUGACACUGUGACAAAAAUUUGCGUAUUCAUCUUUGCCUUUGUGGUGCCUGUUUUGGUCAUCACAGUCUGCUAUGGACUGAUGAUCCUGCGUCUGAAAAGUGUGCGUCUGCUGUCUGGGUCCAAAGAGAAGGACAAGAACCUACGACGUAUCACCCGCAUGGUACUGGUGGUAGUGGCAGCCUUCAUCAUCUGCUGGACACCCAUCCAUAUCUUUAUAAUAAUAAAAACCUUGGUGGAGAUUGACCAGAAGAACCCCCUUGUGAUCAUCAGCUGGCACUUUUGUAUAGCCCUGGGCUACAUGAACAGCAGCCUAAACCCAGUGUUGUAUGCUUUCCUUGAUGAAAACUUCAAGAGAUGCUUCAGAGAAUUUUGCUUGCCCUUUCGUUUUUGCACAGAGCGGAAUAACUUUUCCAGAGCCUGCAAUGCCACCCAAGAACCCAUCUCAGUGUGCGGCGCAUCACAUUCAGUGAAGAAGCCAAGAUGACUAGAGCUGGAUCAGGUGCUGCCUGG